AUGGGACCCCGUCCUUCUACUUGUCAUCGUGUACUUGGCGUCCCGCGAGCUCUUGUGUCCCAGAACAAACGUCGCUUCCAACAGGAUGGUUUUGACUUGGAUCUAGGUUAUGUGCAUCCACGGAUCAUUGUCAUGGGGUAUCCGGCUAUUGGAGUCGAAUGUCUGUUUCGAAACCCACGAUCGGAGGUACAACUGUUUUUGGAAAAGCAUCACUCUGAGAAUUAUUUUGUGUUUAAUUUUUGUGACGAACCAAAACGGAGCUAUUCGUCAACUAUUUUUGAGGGACGAGUGAAGAAUUUUCCUAUUGAGGACCACAAUGUCCCGACGUUUCAAACAAUGGUAACAUUCUGUGAAGAAGCUGCAGCUUGGCUCGAUGCGAGUGAGCGUCACGUUAUAGCACUCCAUUGCAAGGCUGGAAAAGGAAGAGCUGGAAUGAUGGCGUGCAUGUUCCUGUUGCGAAUGGGUUACGCAGCUGCGGCGACAGAUGCGAUCGAUCGGUAUAAUCGUGAGCGUGUGCGUGAUCGUCGGGGUCUUACGGUCGUGAGUCAGAAGAAGUGGGUUAACUACUAUUCAGCUCUGCUUGCAGAAACUGCAGUCCCUAGAAAAGUUCUCGUGGAACCGAUGUUCUGUAUUCACAAGUUGACAUUAAUCAACACCUUAACUGCAGCAAAGUUGCCCAAGUUGCGACUGCGUGUCUUCAAUUUGACUCCCGAUGAGACUCUUAAGAUGCUACUGCAUCAAGAGAUCGGCUUUAACGAGUUUGAGUUGCAUCAGAAGGUUCGCGGUUGCGUCAUGAUCGAAUGUUAUCGCGAGCGUAUCAAUGGAUGCAUGCGGACCAAGCACUUCAAAGUUUGGUUCAACACAUAUUUUCUCAAGCCAGACAAAAAAACUGGUCUUGUGGCAUUCUCUCGAUCUGAGAUGGACUGGGUGGCGCGGGACAAGAAAUAUCGUCGUUUGCCUGCCGCUUUUGAGCUCCAGAUGAUCGUUUCAAGCUCGAAUACCUUGUAG